AUGGCGCCCCCUGCAGUAGCCCCGGCCGUAGGACGGAGGGUGUUUGUGGUGGGAGUCGGCAUGACCAAGUUUGAAAAACCUGGGUCCCGUGAAGAUUUUGAUUACCCCAACAUGGCUAAAGAAGCAGGUCAGAAGGCACUCGCUGAUGCAGGUAUUCCUUAUUCUGCUGUGGAACAGGCUUAUGUGGGCUAUGUUUAUGGUGACUCAACCUGUGGUCAGAGGGCUAUUUAUCAUAGUUUAGGACUGACGGGCAUUCCUAUUGUGAAUGUGAACAACAACUGUUCCACUGGAUCUACUGCAUUAUUUAUGGCCAGACAACUAAUUAAGGGAGGUUUGGCAAACUGUGUCCUGGCUCUUGGAUUUGAAAAAAUGGAAAGAGGGUCCCUUGGAUCUAAAUACAUGGACAGGGAGAAUCCAGUGGGCAAGCACUUGGAAGUGAUAAUAAACAAAUAUGGCUUAGCAUCAGCACCAGUUGCUUCACAAAUGUUUGGAAAUGCGGGAAAAGAACACAUGGAGAAAUACGGGACAAAACUAGAACACUUUGCAAAAAUUGCAUGGAAGAAUCAUAGACAUUCAACCAACAACCCGAAUUCCCAGUUUCAAAAGGAGUACAGUUUAGAAGAAGUGUUACAGUCACGCAAGAUUUUUGAUUUCUUGACAGUUUUACAGUGUUGUCCAACAUCUGACGGUGCAGCAGCUGCAAUACUGGCUAGUGAAGAAUUUGUGAGAAAUAAUGGCUUGGAGUCAAAAGCUGUUGAAAUUGUGGCUCAAGAGAUGACUACUGAUUUCCCAAGCUCAUUUGAAGAGAACAGCUGUAUUAAAGCAGUUGGCUAUGAUAUGACUAAGGAGGCUGCCAAACGAUGUUUUUCAAAAGCAAGCCUGAAACCUGAAGAUGUGGAUGUGAUUGAACUUCAUGAUUGUUUCUCAGUGAAUGAACUAAUCACUUAUGAAGCUCUAGGACUUUGUCCUGAAGGCAAGGCUGGUGAGCUGAUUGACAGAGGAGAUAAUACUUAUGGUGGGAAAUGGGUCAUAAAUCCAAGUGGUGGCUUGAUUUCAAAAGGGCACCCACUGGGUGCUACAGGUCUGGCUCAGUGUGCUGAACUCUGCUGGCAGUUAAGAGGAGAAGCCGGAAGGAGGCAGGUUCCCCGUGCAAAGGUUGCUUUGCAGCAUAACCUAGGCCUCGGUGGCGCGGCAGUGGUGUCCCUGUACAGGAUGGGCUUUCCUGAAGCUGCAAGAUGUCGGCAAAUUCAAGCUGUUCCUAUCAAUGCAGCUGUUGACGGGUUUAAGGCAAGUCUUGUCUUCAAAGAAAUUGAAAAGAAACUUCAAGAGGAAGGAGAACAGUUUGUCAAGAAAAUUGGUGGUGUGUUUGCCUUCAAAGUGAAAGAUGGCCCUGGGGGUAAAGAAGCAACUUGGAUAGUUGACGUGAAAAAUGGUAAAGGCUGUGUGGAUAUUAACUCAGAUAAGAAAGCAGACUGCACAAUUACAAUGGCUGAUUCUGAUUUGUUAGCUAUGAUGACUGGGAAGAUGAAUCCACAAACAGCUUUCUUUCAAGGCAAAUUGAAGAUUGCUGGGAACAUGGGCAUGGCUAUGAAGCUACAGAACCUACAGCUUCAGGCGGGCAAAGCUAAACUUUGAACCACUUUAACUACAGGAUUUGAUGAAGACUUGGAAAAUAGAUUCUUAAGAGCUAGGCUGGAACUAGGUGUUGGAAUUAGCAUGGUACAGGCUUUCUGAAACCAUGUGAUCAACUCUAGCUUUCCUGAAGCUUCUGUUUUAAUGGCAAUUUUGCAUUGCCUUCCAUGGAUCAGUCUAAACUGUUGCAAAAUGGUUGGGAUAGCCUAUGACUGUUUAUAAUGGUUAAGACCAGCAUGAUGUGCCCUGAUUUUAGUACAUCUGGGAUGGUUUAACACUUUCUAAAACAAGUGAUUGAUCAGUGCUGCCAUUUUUUUUGG